CUACAUUGGAAGGGAUGCAUUAAAACGCCGACAACACCAAAACGAAAAACAAAAUUUUUUUGACCCCCAAAUCCGAAUCAUCUCCUCUCUCUUUCGCUCGUUUCUGCCACCGUCUCCAUAUUCUCUUUUUUCUUUUUUCCGCAAAAUAUAAAUUUUUCUUUGCUUUUCUUUUUUUCAUUUCUCUCGAUGCCCUAGCCACCUUCCCUCGCCGGAACUUCCCAGGGCGCGUCGCCGCCGCCGGCGAUAUCUGUGGCACCAAGCUUCCAAAUCUCUCUCCUUUCUCUAGGUUUUGGUUUGUUUGGAUUGGAUUGGAUUUGAUUACGCAAAAAGGAAUAACAAGGACGACGAAAACGACGGCGUCGAAGGAUCUGUUAGGGGUUUAGUCUUGAUGGCUGGCAGUCGUAAAAAGGGAGGGAAGAAAGCAAAAAUUAAGAAUUUAAGCUUAGGCGAUCUUGUUCUUGCAAAAAUCAAGGGUUUUCCUGCCUGGCCUGCCCAGAUUAGCCGGCCUGAAGAUUGGAAGCAAGAACCUGACCCUAAGAAAUAUUUUGUCCAAUUCUUUGGAACACAAGAAAUAGCUUUUGUUCCCCCUGUAGAUAUUCAGGCAUUUACUAGUGAGACGAAGAAUAAAUUGUCUUCCAAGUGUCAUAUUAAAACUAAGUACUUUGUCCAAGCAGUGAAGGAAAUCUGUGUGGCAUAUGAUGAAUUACAGGAAGAAAAAUGCCGAGGUUUGGGAGAUGAAACUGAUGGACCGAAACCUGGAUGUGAGGCUUCAACUGUUGAUGGGGUUGAGGUUGAUGGUGUAGAGGCCAACUUAAAGGAUGAAACAGCUGCAGUUGCAAUUGGUGAAGAAGCCAGUAGCAAUGGAAAAACUGAUUUUGCUUCGAGCGUGGGGUGCUGUUUGCGCAGAGGUGAGAAUAAUAAUGAAGAUAUAAAGACAUCAGUUUUGGUUCAUGCGGAUGAUAGCUCAAACCCAGUUAUGUCUGCUGAGGGGAAACAUAAAAUAUCUAAUGGUGAACAACCUAAAAAGGAGGUGUCAUCUCCAUCAUCUUUAGAUAAGCCCUCUCCGAUAACAGAAGAAUUCUCUGAUGAUAAAAUUGCUAAUGCCAAUUCUACCAAGAAAACAUUAAGAGAAGAUCAGAAAUCAAAGAAUAUGGCUCCUGAGCCAAAGAAAAGAACUGAGGAAGGACAGAAAGGCAGCAGCUCAGCUGUAAAAGUUCUGAGGGAUGAUAAAUCUGAAGGCUGUCUUGAUUGGUCUGGGUCUGAGGAGCGAUUGAAAGAUAGAGGAAAAGGCAAAGUCUCUGGCAUUGGUACACGAAAAUUCUCACAAGAUACUCUCAAAGCAGAUUCUAAUUACAGUGGUGGUAAAAAAGCAAAGGAAUUGCCGAAAACCAAAAGCAAAUUCAAGGCCUCUGAUGAUGUACAGGACACCGUGGCCAAUUCCAAAGCUGAGACCACUGGUAAGAAAAAAAGGUGUGAACCAGGACUUGGAAAGGCUAAAUUAGGAACAGUUGAAAGUUUACGUCCGGCCAAAAAGUCAAAGUUUGUAGAUAUGAAAAAUGAUGCCUCCAAGGGAUCUCUUGGCAAAAAAAUGAAGAGUAGUUCUUCAAUUUCUAAUGUCAGAGACAAAGAAGUUAAAAAAUCAAAGUUGAAAAAAUCCACAUCUCAUGUUAUUUCAUCGAGAGCCCCAACGGUGACUAGUUCUGAUGUUUCUGGUGAUGAAGCUGUGCUGCCCUUAUCGAAGCGUCGCCAGCAGGCUUUAGAGGCUAUGUCUGAUUCUGCCUCUCUUAAUUCUGAUGAUAAAAUUGGAUCAAACCCUGUUGAAUUGAAGAGUGAUGCUCCAAGCUCCAAUGUGAAAACUUCAGCUACCCCAUUGCCAAAGAGGCGGAGAGCUGUUUGCCUAUUUGUUGAUGAUGAAGAAGAUCCUGAAACUCCAGUUCAUGAAGGAUUUGCUCGGAAUGUUAAGGUAACCCCUGUUGGCUCUGGUCCUUCACAGAGCAUUGACGUAAAUCAUGUGACUACUGUCAAUGCUCAAUAUAGUGUUGGAAAUUCUGCCCAUAAUGAGAAUGGUGGUCCCGAGGAGGCUUUUUCACAAUUGGAAAAUGAUUCUGGCUCACCUCUUCGACCGCAAACUGCCGAAAGGAAGCCUUCUGCUCAUGCCUCCAUCACUCCUGAAAGAUCAGAAGCGGAAGUGUUGUCUGUGAAGGAGGCUAAAGCAGUCUUGAUUUCCCCAAGGAAGUCUCCUCCUUUGGUUUCUGCCACCAAACAAGUUGAACAACAUAAAACUACUAAAGCUACUGUUAAGGUUUCCAGUAACGGAACACGGAAGAAGGCUCUAUCUGGCUCUGUUAAGGGGUCAGUUGUGGUUUCUGAUGCUUUGAAGUCUUCUCAGAAUCAGUUUUUAAGUCAAAGAUCUGACUUCUUUAGAGAAGAUAGGAGUAGUUUAUUGACCGAUUCCAAGACUCCAGAUUCCGCUGUGUCUAUGAAGCAUCUUAUUGCAGCUGCCCAGGCAAAAAGGAGACAAGCUCACUCUCAACAAUAUUCUCUUGGAAAUCCCAGUUCUAUUUUUGUAUCAAUGUCCGAUGUUCAGGGGGCAAGUCCCAGCUCUGCAGUUCAGUCUUUCCCAUCUGCAGUUGACAAUGUAAUGCAGGUUGAUGUGCAGGGAUUUGCUCAUCAGACAAAUCUACAUUCUCCAUCAGCUCUUGGCCACGAGUCAGGAUCCCGUGAUCAACAGGAUGCCGAAGAGACUGAAGGGAGAAGAGCUAGUUCAGGACGUAUGGCUACUGGAAGCUCUCUCAGUGGUGGCACUGAGGCAGCUGUUGCACGAGAUGCUUUUGAAGGAAUGAUAGAGACUUUAUCGAGGACUAAAGACAGUAUAGGACGUGCAACUCGCCUUGCUAUUGAUUGUGCCAAGUAUGGCAUAGCAAAUGAAGUUGUUGAACUUCUCAUCAGGAAGCUGGAAAGCGAGCCCAGUUAUCAUCGUAAAGUUGACCUGUUCUUUCUUGUUGAUUCAAUCACCCAAUGUUCUCAUAAUCAGAAAGGAAUUGCUGGUGCUUCUUAUAUCCCUACAGUUCAAACAGCAUUGCCUCGGCUCCUUGGUGCAGCUGCUCCACCUGGAGCAAGUGCUCGUGAAAAUCGUCGUCAAUGUCUCAAGGUUUUAAGGUUGUGGCUUGAGAGGAAAAUUUUACCCGAAUCUAUUCUUCGACGGUAUAUGGACAACAUUGGAGUUUCAAAUGAUGAUACAAUUUCAGGAUUUUCCCUGAGGCGCCCUUCUCGAGCGGAGCGUGCUAUAGAUGACCCUAUAAGAGAAAUGGAAGGCAUGCUUGUUGAUGAGUAUGGCAGUAAUGCUACAUUUCAGCUCCCUGGAUUGUUGUCUUCUAAUGUAUUUGAAGAUGAAGAGGAAGACGAUCUUUCAAUUAGCCCUGGCAGAGAAGCUGCUGAUGCAUCACCUCUAGAAGCAGCUCCUGCUUUAGGAGAGUUAGAAACAUGUACGGUUACUCCGAGUGACAGGCCUCAUCGCAUCUUAGAAGACGUGGAUGGUGAGCUUGAAAUGGAAGAUGUUUCUGGACAUCUGAAGAAUGACCGGCCAUUCACAAAUUAUGCUCUUCAAAUGGACUGGCAGCAGCAGGGGAUUAUGGAACCAGCUUCAAAUAGCUCCAAUGAAUUUCCUCCUCUACCAGAGGGUUCACCGCCUUUGCCCCCUGAUUCUCCUCCACCCCCACCCCCUUUGCCAGCUUCUCCAUCCCCACCUCCACCUCCAACAUCUCCAUCGCCACCACCACCUCCUCCGCCUCUACCAACUCAACUUCCUCCUGCGCCACCUUCAUGUCCUCCACCCUUCAUACCUCAACCACCAGUACCAACUCAACCGUCACUGCUAUCCCAGCCCAUGCUACCACCCCAAUCAGCAAUACAGUCUUCUCCGCAGUUGGCAUAUCAACCACCUGUACCUCAUGAAUUCCGGGGCACACCGAAUGGUAAUCAGAUAGUUCAAAUGGCUGGAAAUACUCCUCAUGGAGGCCAUAUUGAUGCUUCUGUGAAAAGUGAAUUGUUUCCACAGCAAUCACCUUGCUUUGUACCAGGAGUGUGCAAUUCUAGAGAGCCUUCUGGAUAUGUUUCUUCAAGGCAACUGGACUAUGGACAUAAUGAAAUGUACUUAAAUGCUCAAUCCUCUCAACCAAGUCAACAGUUUCAACCUGGUAAUGCAGCCUUUGUGCAAAGACCUUUAGCCCCAAGUCUGCCACAGACCUCAUCUAGCCAUUUCUCAUUCACAAAGCCUGCCAUGCCACCACAUCCUCAGCAUUCGUAUCCUCAAUAUGAUGGCUGGAGGCCAUUUGUUGCUGAUGAACAGUGGAGAAUGCCUGCUGGAGAAUAUAACACUGAUAAUCAGCAUGGUGGGUGGAUAUCAGGAAGAAAUCCAUCACCUUGUGGUCCAUUGUUUGUCCGGGAAGCAGGUUACUUUAGACCACCUGUUGAAAGACCAUCCUCAAAUGUUGGGUUCCCCCUUACUUCUGCCAAUAAUUUACCAGCUGGUGCUCCGAAUUCAGGUCAUGGUAUUUUUCCAUGUCGACCAGACAUGUCUGCCAUUAAUUGUUGGAGGCCAGCUUGAGACUGGGGAAAUAGUAUCAUUAGUUGGCUGCAAGACAAAUUACAUGGAAGGUGGUUCACUUUUUGGGCAAAAUAAUACCACCACAUGAAUGCAGUGCUGAUAACCUCUGGAGACUCUUGGCAGGAUUGUGCAUAUUAUAUUUUUUUUCCCUGACAAAUGUAUCCCAGGAACAUCUACAUAUUUCUCCCUUGGUUUGGCAAAUUGUUCAACUUGAAAUGUCUAUUUAUGGUGUUGCAACUUGGAAAUCCACCAUUGUUGGCAGGUGCUAGCAGAGCAAACUACUGCAAAAUGUUGAGGUAAAUAUCUGACAUGGAUUCUUGAGCCAAGGCAAUGCUUGGAAUUUUCUAAUUAGUUAGGAAUAGUUCUCACAAAGGAUGUUUUCUGUCAAAGUUUAGGCAGUUAGAAAUUACUUGAAAAGUUUUUUUUUUUCCAUGUUUAUAAGGAAUCAUGUACUAUUCUGUAUAUUACGUAUACAUGAGUUUCCUUUUUCCUUAUAUCCAUUUUCUUUUUGACUA